CGCGCGGGCGGAGGCCGCUGCCCGCCACGGCGCCGAGCGAUGGAGAUGGCCCGGGACUACGCGGGAGCCCUCAUCAGGCCCCUGACUUUCAUGGGUUCACAAACUAAGAAAGUCCUCCUCACUCCCCUCAUGCAGUCCCCUCGCCCCUUCCGAGUCUCCAACCACAACCGAAGCAGCCGGCGGGGAGUGAUGGCAAGCAAUCUGAAGGAUCUGCUCAGCAAGACCCUGGACGCCCUGCUCAUCACCAGCGGGCUGGUCACUCUGGUGCUGGAGGAGGACGGCACCGUGGUGGACACGGAAGAGUUUUUUCAGACCUUAGGAGAUAACACACACUUCAUGAUCUUGGAGAAAGGCCAGAAGUGGACACCGAGUACUAACUACAUCGCCGCCCGCCAGCAACCGAAGAAAUCAGGAAUAGCAAGGGUCACCUUCGACUUGUACAAGCUGAGUCCCAAGGAUUUCAUCGGCUGCCUCAACGUGAAGGCCACCAUGUAUGAGAUGUACUCGGUGUCCUACGACUUCCGGUGUACAGGGCUCAAGGCCCUGGUGAGAAGCAUGCUGCGGUUCCUGUCCCACGCUGCCCAGGUGGCCGGGCACUUCCUCAUCUACGCAGGCAAGCACAUGCUCCAAGUGCUGGGCGACACAGAAGAGCAGACUUCUCCCGGGUUGCGCUCCAGGCAUAAAUUCACCAUUGGGUAGGGCUGCCGUUUGAGGAGCUCAGCCGGCCUUGACAAAUGACGAAUUUUGAAGAUGCUUAUGUUCACUUAUGCAUUAUUCACACAUGUACUUGUAGGCUGUCCAUCACUUCUGCUCUGGAGGGGUACCCAGGUGGAAGGAAAGGGGCCAUGCAGCAGGACGCCCGGAGGAGGAGGGAAGGUGUAGGUGCCCCGUGUGGGGAGGAAGGGACCCAAGAGCAGGAAUGUCUUGGGUGGCUAACGAGCAACACCCCGUGCAUUAGGCCCCUUUGACUCCUCACUUCCUGCAAUAAACCAAUCACAAGAG